AUGGCGUGCCGACCGAUUGUAUCGCUGGCUGUCGCACUGACUCUGCUGCUGCUACUGACUCUAUCAGUCCGCCCCUCCCAGCAGCAGCAGGAGCAGCAGCAGCAGGAGCAGCAGCAGCUACAGCAACAGGAGUCCCAGCGUUCCGGCAACCAGCACUACAUGGACAAUCCUUACAGUUUGAACUUCCAACCUACUGACGGAAACGGAGGCGGAGACGGGGGAGGGGGCGGUGGCGGCGGGGGGGACGGCGGUGGGGACGGCGGAGGCGGCUACAGCGGCAACGGCGGCGGCAGCAGCAGCAGCGGUGACAGCGGCGACGGCAGCAGCUCGUCCGGUCCCUCCUUCGGUCCCCAUCAUCACCAUCCUGGGCAGGCAAAGCCCGAGGAGGUUGACGACGGCGCGUGGAGGGACGAGCACAUGUACACAGCAGAAGGCGAGUUCAUCCCACAUGUGUCUGCAUACGCCGACGAGGCUGCAAUCACGGAAAAGGGGUGCCGGGUUGCAGUGAACGCGUAUGUGGAGGAGCAGCUGGCGCAGGCUCCCCCGCCGCUGAACCUGUCUGCGGUCUCGCAGCCGCUCAUUCAGCCGCUGCUGUUCUUUCUGCACAUUCCGCGCACGGGAGGAAGAACGUACCACAUGUGUUUUCUGAAGCCAUUGUACCCACUCAGCCUGCGCUGCCCUCGCUCUUAUGACACCCUUCGACUCGACCCCUCCAACCCCGAGUGCCGGCUCCUCUCAACGCACAACGACUACUCGCUCAUGUCGCGCCUUCCGGUGCACAACACGAGCAUCAUCACCAACAUCCGCGACCCCGUGGACCGCCUCCUCAGCUCCUACGAGUUCACCAUCGAGACCGCCUCGCGCUCCCUGCGCUGGCUGCCGGGGCUCAACCCCGGGCAGAACUUGCUCAAGGUCCGCAGGAGGCAGAGGCAGAGCGUGUCGAGGACUCGCAAGGCGGAGACUAGACGGGUGUGGCCGUGGAGCAUGCUUAUUCCGCUCAUGGAGGAUGACCUGUGGCUGCGGCGAUCUACGGUGGAGAUUCCCGCGGACCCCCCCGGCAGUGAGGGGUGGAACUCGUAUGAGAAGGGGCACCUGGUGAUGCCUCUGGACGAGUUCGUGCAGCACCCUGCUGUCUCGGACCUGCUGCACAAUGGCGCCACGUUCCAGGUGGCGGGCAUGACGCAGAACUCCCUGCUGCCCAACGCCCGCAUGCUGCGGCGCUGCGCACACGCGUACCGGGACUCGGGCGAGCGCAUUCUGGACCUUGCCAAGGCGCGGCUAGCAGCAAUGCUGCAUGUGGGGCUGUCGGAGGUGCACGAGCAGUCGGCUGUGCUCUUUGCCGCUACCAUCGGCCGCUCCAUGCACUCUGCUGCUCACACCGCUCAGAAGCAGUCCCGGUUUGCGCUGUCCCUGUGGCAGAACUACAAGCGCUGUGUGAAGAUGCAGCAGGACAAGUACAAGGUCCGCCGGUCCAUGGCCAUUGCCCUGCUUGGACCAGUCAGCUUCUCCAAAGAGGAGCGCAUGAGCAUCAAGAGCAGCACCUUGGCGCGCAUUCGAGAGCUAAACUACCUGGAUGUGGAGCUCUUGGACUAUGCUCGCCAGCUGUACCAGCUGCACCAGGCUGCAUUUGCAGAGCAGAUUAAGGCUGUGGUGGGACAGGCGAACAGGCGAAGACUGAUGGGAUCAAGAGGAGCAGCAUCCAUGGGAACAGGGAGGGGGGUGGUAUCCGGUAGGGAGUCUGUAGGCAUGUCGGAGCGUAGACAGGGCUUUGACCCUGCUUGGCUGAGGCAGCAGGCUCGCAGCGGCCGUGUGUUUCGAGAGGAAGCUUUUGAAGAUUCGUUUGCUGCUGUGAGGAGAGAGGGAGUUGAGGAGGAGAGGAGUGGGGAAGGUGGAGGGGCGGAUCGGAACUGGGAUGAAGAGGGGGAGGAGAGGGAGGAGGGAGAGGAUGGAGAGGAGGGAGAGAAGGCUGAAAGGGGUACGGUGAGAGAGGGGGGGGAGGAUCAGGAUGGUGGUGUGGCGGAUUCUGGGAUUGAAGAGGGGGAGGAGGCGAGGGACGAGGAGGGAGCGGAGGGAAGUGAGGAGAGUGAGGAGAGUGUGGAGAGAGGAGAGAGUGAGGAGAGAGAGGAGAGAGAGGAAAGUGAGGAGAGAGAGGAAAGUGAGGAGAGAGAGGAGAGAGAGGAGAGAGACGAGGGGGAGGAGAGAGAGGAGGGAGAGGAGGGAGAGGCUGGGAGGGAAGAUGCGGAGGACCGAGAGCAGGAGUUGAAUCUGGACAAGAGUGAGGAGGCGGCUUUGGGGGAUAAGAGCCAGCUUGGGAACAAUAACGCUAGUGAAGACAUGGAGGUUCAGCGAGCAGGGUUGGAUGAGGAGGGCCUUUCGCCGGGUACCCUUGUGCCUCGCAAUGAUGAUGAUGCUGAUGAUCUGCCGCUUUCUGUGGAUGCUGACUUGAGGCAGGGGGAGGGAUUUGUCGUGCCAAACCUCGUGAAGAGCUCAAGCCGUUGCCGCCAAUGGGCGGCAGUCCACGGAGGUGAAAAGGGCGCAGUUACAUGUGUUUCGAGUUGA